CGGAAACUGGUUUGGUAUUGGUGGUGAGAGAAAGGGAGAGAGGGAAUCAAAAGCAAGCCAAGCCAGUGGGGAAUGAAGCUCCCAAAGAUACCAAAACCAACGGUGUGGAAGCUGCACGAGAUAUUGGCGGAAGAUGAUCCGGUGAGAUUGAGGGGAUUCUUUGGAGGCGACGAAGACGAAUCGGAUGACGACGGAGUGCCUGUCGAGUACGAGGAGGUGAUGACGGGAUGCCUAGAACACGGCGCCAAGAAAUGCGCCUCUUAUAUGCUCCGCGGUGCUUCUCACUCUUACAGACGCGAUCUUCUCCACCAAGCCUUUCAAAUCCCUACUUGUGACCCUGAAGUUUUAGAGCUUUUUUUGGAGCGUUUUGGUGGCCAGGAGUAUGCAAACAGUCCUGAUUUCGGUGGUCCGCCGCCCAUCCACAUCUUCCUCUCCAAGCUCAGUAAGAUCUUUCCUUUGUGCAUUUGGGUUCCGGGCAGUUCUCUCGUCAAGCUUCUCAUCCUCCUCUGUGAUCCUCAACUCCGGAAGAAGCUCCAUUGUCUCUGCGCUUGCUUGCUAAUUACACACACUCCCUACCCGAGGUUGCUGCUUCCUUUCUUUCUAACGGUGGCGUUGUUGAGCUGGCUGCCUUGCUUUUUGUCGCCCAUUCAUCUCUUCUCCACCCUCUAAAAUCGCGUCAUUUUGAGAAUCAUCCCUCCUCAAUGAAGGACGUGAAUGAGAUGGUUACACGGGCUGUAAUCCGCAAAUUUCCAAAUCCGAGUGGGUUUGGAUUGAUCAACAUUUUCGAAAAGGCUGGUGGUUCCCUCACCCAUUUCUACUCCAAUAUGCCUCAAGAUAUUUCUGGCCAGGAUCUGGUAAAGAGUGUUGCUGAGAUUCUCAUCCGUGAUGCUCAAAUUCCGGUAUCUGAAGAGGAUGUUGACUUGGUUGGAAUUUUGAGCUUGGAACCUGAAAUGAUGCCUUCCAUUCACCAACAUCUGCGGGGUAUUAAACCAAAGGAUGGCAGAGAAAAGUCUCACAAGCAUAUGUUCCCCUCUGUGCGCUCUCCUGAUCUCCUGUACUCGUUGGAACCGGUGGGAGUAAAUAUUUUAACUUCUCUUGUUUUUCCUAACCAACUUUAGUGUAGCCCUUUAUUAUAUCAAUUUUGGUUUGUUCAAAAACAUUACUUCCUUUUCG